UGCCCUGAUCUACAUAAACAAACCCCAGUUAGCUCUUUCCUCUCGCCAACAACACUUAGUGCCAGUGAGUGAGCCGUCCGUAUUCUUUAGAAACCAUGUGCGAGUCCAUCUCUCUGCAAGUAGCUAGCAACAAAGACGUCCACCAAGAGGAAAACAAAACAACCGAGAUGAACACGGGUGAUCUCGUCGACGUCCCGUCUCACCCUCCCUCCGAGACCCCCGUCUACUACGAUGACGAUUAUCGCUACUUCUACGAUAACGACGAGAACGUCCAGGAGGAAGGCGUCGACGGCCUGCUCGAGGACAACGCGCCGCCACCGGAGCAACAGGAGACCGAGGCCGUGGCUCCCACCCCCACCGUCUCGCUGGCAAAGCUAUCUGAGCUUCGUCGGAAGCUAGCCGGGGUGAACACGGCAGGCGCGGUCGUCGCAGGGCUCGGCCUCCUCGGGGGCGCCGUCGGCGCGUACUUCCUCUGGCCCGUGGCGGCCGGCGGGGCGGCCGCUGCCGCCGCCACGAUGAAGGCGCCCGGCGCCGCUGGCUUCUUCAUCUCCCGCGCGGCGUUCCUGGCAAACCCGCAACUCUACUUCCAGCUCCUUCGCACCGCCGGCGCCGCGGCGGCUGCCGCUGCUUUCGCUGUGUAGCUAGUGAAGGCUACGUACGUACAUCUGCAUGCGAGCUGUUCGUUUGUUUGCCGUGUACUUGCAUAUAUAGCCAAUAAUGGACCUAUCAGUGAAUCUAUCGAUAUUAUCGGUACUCAUCUCUAGUAUAGGACUGAUCUAACGAAAAAUUCUUUUUCUUUUUA